GCGUCACCUUCCCCCCGCGCACCGCUCUUUCGCACGCCUCGAGCACGUCCGACGCGUUUCUCUUACUCUCCGGCAAAUCGUACGCCACGCACGGGUUCUUCAGCCGCGCGAACCGCUCCUGCCCGUCCUCCUCCAUCGUCCACUCCGACUGCCACCCGCGCGGCGACGAGCGGAACGCCGGUGCGCAAGACGUCGAUGCUGGUGAUCGGCGCGACGGGAACGCUCGGGAGACAGGUGGUGAGACGGGCCCUGGACGAGGGCUACGACGUGCGGUGCUUGGUGCGACCGAGACAAAAUCCGGCGGAUUUCUUGCGGGAUUGGGGCGCCACGACGGUCAGCGCGGAUCUGACGAAACCCGAAACGCUGCCGCCGGCGUUCGUGGGGGUGCACACGGUGAUUGACGCGUCGACGGCGAGACCGGAGGAGGACUCGUACGCGAUCGACUGGGAAGCCAAGUGCGCGACGAUUCAAACGGCCGCGGCGAUGGGGAUCUCGCGAUACGUGUUUUACUCCAUCGAUCAGUGCGAUAAGCACCGAGAAGUACCGUUGAUGAACAUGAAGUACGCCGUGGAGGAGUACUUGAAAGUGAGCGGGAUGGAUUACACGGUGCUGCGAUUGUGCGGUUUCAUGCAACCGCUCAUCGCGGGAUACGCCGUGCCGGUGCUCGAGGAGCAGCCGCUUUGGGGUACGGAUGAUGACACGCGCACGGCAUACUUGGACACGCAAGAUGUGGCGAAGAUGACUCUCGCCGCCGUUCGCAGAGACGAAGCCGCGAACAAGAUCAUGACGCUCGCCGGCCCGAAGUCGUACAGCGUGCGCGAAGUCAUCGCUUUGUGCGAAAAGCUCGGCGGCGCCGAAGCCAAGGUCAGCAACGUACCGGUUGGUUUGUUGAAGUUCACCCGUGCCUUCACGCGUUUCUUCCAAUGGUCUUCGGCGGCGAGCGACCGCCUGGCUUUCGCGGAAGUGUUGGCGAGCGGCAUCAAGUUUGAAGCCGACAUGACGGAGACUUACAAGACUUUGGGGAUGAGCGAAGACGAGGUGACGACGCUCGAACAAUAUUUAGAAGAAUACUUCUCCAAGAUUUUGAAGAAGUUGAAGGAAGUCGGCGGGGAAUCGAGACAACGCGACUUCUACCUCUAAAUCGCCCGCUCGCGAACUGUAAUAGUGCCACAGAUUUCUGAUUUCUUUCCUCUUUCACGAAAUUUCUAAUGUCAUCGCGUGUUCGAUUCGAUCGCGCGUCGUUUUCGUGCGCGUUAACGUCCUAUUGAUCAUCUGCGGCCGACGCGGGCGCGGGCGUGGCGUUCGUCAUGUUGUCCACUCGCGUGCGAAACGCGCCUCGUCCGAUCGCAAAGCGCCGUGGCGUCCAGCGCAAGACGUUG